UCUAAACGAACGAACUCUCGUAGAAGAGAGGUAUUGAACUGUAGUCGGGACCCCGCCUUUCUCUUCUGAAAUAAUUCCCGGCUUAUUCUGGAACAGACUAGGGCACAAUUGAAGGACAGAUCGAACUUUGCUGUACCCAGUGAUCUGUUACUUUAGUGUGCUGUCAACAAUAACGCGAAGAUCAGGGCUGGAUUCUAGUCCCAAGCAACAUCAUGAGCGUCAUCGACAUUCUAACUAGAGUUGAUUCGAUCUGUAAGAAGUACGACAAAUAUGACGUCGACAAGCACAGGGAUACUAAUGUUUCUGGCGACGAUGCCUUUGCUCGACUAUACGCCGUCGUCGACGCCGACAUCGAGGCUGCUCUUCAGAAAGCAGAAACCGCUUCUAAGGAGAAAAAUCGGGCAUCUGCCGUGGCAAUCAACGCGGAGCUUCGUCGUACCAAGGCUCGGUUGCUGGAGGAAGUCCCCAAGUUGCAGAGGUUGGCGGUCAAAAAGGUGAAGGGGCUUCCACCAGAAGAAUUUGCUGCACGUAAUGAUUUGGUUCUUGCAUUGCCAGAGAGGAUCCAAGCUAUCCCGGAUGGGGCUCCAGCUGCCCCAAAGCAAACUGGAGGCUGGGCAGCUUCUGCCUCACGUACCGAAAUUAAAUUUGAUUCAGAUGGGCAAUUUGACAGUGAAUACUUCCAGCAAACUGAGGAAUCAAGUGGAUUCAGGCAGGAGUAUGAAAUGCGCAGGAUGAAGCAGGAUCAAGGUUUGGAAGUAAUCUCAGAAGGACUGGAUACAUUGAAAAACAUGGCGCAUGAUAUGAAUGAGGAAAUGGAUAGACAAGUCCCAUUGAUGGAUGAGAUUGACACUAAGGUGGACAAGGCAUCCUCUGAUCUUAAGAAUACCAAUGUCAGACUUAAAGACACGGUCAAUCAGCUUCGAUCCAGUCGAAACUUCUGUAUUGAUAUUGUGUUAUUGAUUAUAAUUCUUGGAAUUGCUGCUUAUCUGUACAAUGUACUAAAGAAAUGAUGAUCAACGCGGGGCCCUUGAAUCUGAUUGGUGCGUUUGCAUGCCUUGCCUAUAUUUCUUGUAUUUUCCGGAGAAUAUGGUGCUUUUUCUCCUUUUUGUUUUUGUUUUUUUAUUUUUAAUUUUUUUUGGCACUCGAGAGAUACGCAUCCGUCAUUUACAGAGACCCGCGUUUGCCGGUGUGUAUCAUCAUGAGAAAUAUAGGUUGCUGAUCCUUGUAUAUGCUUGCUUCAGAAUUGUUGCUAAACUUGGCUCUGAUUUCCCCAUCUGCAGAUACUUGUAUCACUUUCGUUAUGUUUGCAUCAAGGUUCUUUAUAGUAGUAUUAUAAUUUUGUGUGAACAUUUUUUCAUGGGGAACAAGUAUGAGUGGUGGGAAUUGGGGUAACAGCAAA